AUGACAGACGAAUGUCAGGGAGACGAGAAUGCUCGUCAUCCUUACCUGUCAGGGAACUUUGCGCCGAUUCAAUCCUGCCUCCCCUUGACUCCCUGCAGCCAUGAGGGCACGAUCCCUUCUGAUCUAGCAGGAGGCCAGUAUGUCCGCAAUGGAGGCAACCCGGUGUCGAACGAUGAUGCGAGCCGAGCGGCGCACUGGUUCGAUGGGGAUGGCAUGCUUAGUGGUGUUCUAUUCCGCCGGGCAGGUGAAAAGAACACUUUGGUCCAGCCGGAAUUUGUCAACCAAUACCUGUUGACCGACGUCUACUGCCACGCAAAAGCCAACAAAUACCUGCGGCGACCAGUAGUUCCAAGUAUUGCGACACUGGUGAAUCCUGCCGUGAGCAUGUUUCGCAUCCUCUUCGAGGUUUUCCGAACCGUGUUCCUGGUAGUCCUCUCGCGACUCCCAGGUUUCGGUCGUCCUAUCAAAAAGAUCAGCGUCGCCAACACCAGUGUCCUAUUUCACAAUGGGAGAGCAUUGGCAACGUGUGAAAGCGGCCCCCCUCUCAGAUUCGCGUUGCCGAGCUUGGAGACUAUUGGUUGGUUCAACGGAAGGACAGCAGAAAACGAACCGCGACAAAGCACCGAGAGUGGCUUUGGGGGCAGAGGUGUCGUAUCCUUCAUGCGAGAAUGGACCACUGCUCAUCCGCGAGUUGACCCGGUAACGAAAGAGCUCAUUACGUUCCACGCGACCUUCGUCCAGCCAUUUGUGCGUUACUCCGUCGUGCCAGCGACGCCAAAGUCCGGGCCCGGCCGCUCUCCGGUGUUCGACUUACCGGUUCCUGGAGUCGAGUCACCUAAGAUGAUGCACGACUUUGGGGUAUCAAGACAACACACAGUUAUCAUGGACCUGCCGCUGUCGCUGGAUACCAUGAACCUGAUUCGCGGAGUCCCAAGCUUGUCGUACGAUUCGGCAGGCAGGUCACGCUUCGGAGUCUUCCCACGACACCAGCCGGAUGCCGUUCAAUGGUUCGAGACCAACCCGUGCACAAUUUUUCACACCGCCAACUGCUGGGACUCGAUUUCAUCGCAGACAGAUGUGAACGGUCCUCGUGUGUCGGUUAAUCUCGUGGCCUGUCGGCUUACUUCCGCAUCCAUGGUUUUCAGCGCCGGCAACCUUCCCACGCCAGAGAUGAAGCCGGUGCCUCCUGAGUACGCUGAGGAGGAGCAGUGCCGAUUGUAUUACUACAGUUUCCCACUGUCGGCCAUCCCCGGGAUCCAAUACAACAUCAGACACCAGUGGGCUCUAUCGGCCAUUUCCUUGGAGUUUCCAUCCGUCGCACCAGCGUACUCAAUGCAGGAAGCUCGAUACGUUUACGGAUGCUCAACCGGCGAGGCAUCUUAUACAGUUGCCCUUGGCAAAGCUGCAAAGAUCGACCACUUGGCCAAGUUCGACGUUCGAACACUGAUAGCAAGAGGCGUCGCACAACCACCACAGCCGGUGAAAGGCUGUGUCGAUACACGUAGCAUUGCCCAGGUCAUGGAGAGCCAGGAUCCUCAAGACCCUAUCAAGCUCUUCCGAAUGCCCGUCGGGUGGUAUGCACAAGAGCCAAGAUUUGUGCCUCGGCGUGAACCAGACUCCGAGGACGACGGUUGGUUGUUGACAUACGUGUUUAAUGAAGAUCAGCUCGAUGAACAGGGUGAAUGUGUGCCCGAGGCCGCGAGCGAGUUGUGGAUAAUUGACGCGAAAGAAAUGAAGGAGGUCGUGGCUCGGAUCAAGUUGCCGCAGCGUGUACCGUACGGAUUGCAUGGAACUUGGUUCAGCGAAGAAGAGAUUGAUGAGCAGAAGCCAUUUGAGAAGGUAAGGACGCUGGCUUCAUAG